AUGGGGUAUGACAGUUGAACUAAGGUCAUGAGGCAUUUAAAAGUUAUAUUCUUAAAAAAUCAAUGGGUAUAUAUAUCAUUAUUAGAUAUGUCCAAAAAUGAAAGUAGCAACUAAGCAUUCCAGCUUUAAAUAUACAGUUAGGCCUACUCAUUAUGUGUUUAUAUAAAAUGUAGGCUAAUUUUUAUUUAACUGAAAUAAAUAUAGGCCUAUAAUUUUCUUAACUGGAAUGCAUGGUUAUGAUGAUAAUUAUCUUUUGUCAAGAAAUGUAAAAUAACAAUAACACAACCCUCUUACUUACCGGUAAUUGAUUUGACAGUGAAAGUUCCUGGAUAGACCACUAGGACGCGCCACGGUACCCGAGUUCAUCUUUAUUUAUUUUUAUUUAUUUAAUUAUUUUUUUCCGAGAUCAUCAUGCCGGCGAGGACACUCCCAUUGGUGGCAAGUUUUGUUACUGUAAUAAUCUGAUUGGAUUGGGGAGAUCGUUAUUGUAUGUCUGACUGGCUAGACGGCUUGACUCACCAGCUGACCCGGGAAGUUGGCGUGGAUCACUGACAUUAAACCAAACGAUUAUUUGAUCAUCCUGCGUCGCAGUGUGUAUCAUCAUAAUUUGAAGAUUUGGGAUCUCGCAAUGAAGACAGAUGAUGCUUAGUAACCAAGCCAGACGCCAAUGAGUGAUAACCGUCUGCUGCCAUGACGACCAGUCGCUGCACUCUGUUGCCGGAGGUGCUGCCGCAGCAUUCUAACUCUGCCCACACGGGGAGCUGCUUGAGUGACAGGGACUUUGAUCCAAUGGGUAGCCUGGACUGCCCGACAGAGCCUGACCUCCCAGGAAAAGCAAUGGAAGAGCAGAGCAGUCCUGCCAAUGGAGAGCCACAGUACUACAUGCAAAUGUCUGCCAAGGAUGGGCAGCUGCUGUCACCUGUCGCGGGAGCGUACGCCAAACAAAGCUCUCUGCCUGAGCGGCCCAUGUGUCGGAUCUGUCAUGACGGAGGGGGUCAGGAGGAGCUGCUCUCCCCCUGUGAGUGUGCAGGGACCCUGGGUACCAUCCACCGGAGCUGCCUGGAGCACUGGCUUUCUGCCUCCGGCACCAGCGCUUGUGAGCUCUGCCACUACCAGUUCACUGUACAGAGGAAGAACCGGCCAAUGAUGGAGUGGGUGCGUAACCCGGGCCUGCGCCAGGAAAAGCGGACGCUGUUCGGCGACAUGGUGUGCUUCCUGCUCAUCACGCCUCUGGCCACAAUCUCCGGGUGGCUGUGUCUGCGGGGGGCCGUGGACCAUCUGCACUUUUCCAGCCGCCUGGAGGCCGUGGGCCUCAUCACUCUCACCGUGGCCCUCUUCACCAUCUACCUCUUCUGGACCCUGGUGUCGCUCAGGUAUCACUGUCGGCUGUACAACGAAUGGCGGCAGACCAAUCAGAGGGUGGUCCUUCUCCUCCCCAGGUCACAUGGUGAACAGUUUGCUCCGCCCUCUUUAAGAGGUCCGUCACGCGAAAAACGGCCAUCCAAAGAGACUAUUGUCUGAGCAGCCCUCUCUUCAAAAGCAAUUAAGGAAAAACACGGAGGAAAAAUUAGGAUGGUUCCAUAGGCGCCGGAACGAAAUUCGCUUCUCGUGCCCUCCAGCGCUGAACUUGAGUGUGGAAUCGCCACCAAAUAUGUCAUUAAUGGGAAUGGACUGGCCAUUGAAACUGCAAUGUUCAGCUACGCCACAUCGUUGGCCAUUCUGGCACCUGGAAUGGUUUUAACACACAUUUACACGGAGGUAGAGUUACUGUACAACAGAGACCUUAUUUUCGGUGAAGCAGCAUCCAUUUUGGACUCAAAAUGCAGCAGCAUUACGUCCCACCAAAUGUCAUACAGGGAUGGACAGGUAAAUUUGGUGAUAUGGACGGGGUGGAGUGCAUAGUUGGUCAUAAACCAUUUGGACUGAAGGACAGCCAAGAAAAGUUUGCCACUGUGACCGUAUGCUGUGAUUGGUGAUUCCUGUGAGGUGCAGAAAACAUUAUGUCCGGUUCUUAUAACAUGCCAACAUAAACCUGUGUAUAGUAUUACUAUAUUAGUCAAAGUAUCACAUUCUACCAAUCAACAAGUCAAAGCCCAAAGUGUAAAUAAGUACUUCAACUACUUCAGUAUUUUACAUAGUAUUAAAAACUCUUACCUUUA